CUGAGGUUAAUUGAAAAUUUUGGUGAAUUUCCUGUGUAAAAUUUUAUUUAUUUUUCAAUGUUUUGUGGAAUUGAUAGUGAUGUGGGCUGAAGGAAUUGAUUACGAAUGGGUAUUACGGUAGAGAUGAAGAGGUUAUCUUCAAUGAAGUCGUCAUCUCCAGUUGAAAAACUGAAAAUAAAAAAUUGAUGAUUUAUGGACUUUUUGAUGAUUGAGGAUGUUUUUAUUAUUAUUUUUGAUUCAGCGAGUGUUAUUAUUUUUUUAUAAGGAAGAGAAGUAUUUUUAGAAAUAUUUUUGACUUUCGUAGUGAAUUUAAAAGCCCGGACAAUUCGAACCUCGCACUUUGGAUUUUAAUCGUGAUAUUAAUUUCCAAGAGGAUGAGAGUCAGCGAUUGACUCAUUUGACGUGGAAUACCUCAUAAAAAAGUGAAUGACUCAAUUGAAAGUCAUGUCAUAAUGCUGUUUAGUACCAUUUCCUGUGUGUCAAUUAUCAUGGGAAAUCUGGUGCAUCUGCUUGCAUUUCUUCCAGUUCUACUAGUAUUUGCAUCAACAGAACCUGAAGAUAUUGUUAUCAUUGUUCUGAGUCAGAGGAAUGGAUAUAGUGCAGGUCAGGCAGAGUUACUGAGACAGAAUAUCACGGAGCAAGCUUAUGAUCUUCAGAAGAAUGCGCCUAAUUUUUUAUUGACUCACCAGAGGAUCGGGGAGAGGGAAAUGAAAGGGGCCUGGGCGAUUUACCCUCUGAUUCCCGUUCUCCAUUCUCAACAUGCGAAUGCACAAUGGUAUCUGUUUUGUUCAGAGAAUACUGGGGUAAAUCUGUCGAGAUUGAUGAGAGUCUUGUCGAGAUUUAAUUCGUCGGAGGCUCUGUGGAUUGGCCACGCGCUCCACGACACUGGGCCGACAAUAAUCCAUCAUUUCGCUGAUCCCUUGACGAGACUCUCAUAUCCGAACAUCGCUUCCGGUUUCGGCAUUUCUAGAGCACUCCUCGAGACCCUCAAGAUCAGAGUGCGCUCAGGAGUACCUUCGGACAACGAUUUCAUAAUCGAUGCCUCGUACGAAUUCUCAAAUUUCGUACAUAACAAUGGGAAAGGUCCUCAACUCAUUCACCUAUCGGAGUUUUGUGUUGAUUCCGCCGAAACCUGCGCGACGUAUCCAAAGAAAUUUCCGUCAUGCGGAAAUCCUGUGUCGAUAGGAAACAUUUUCUUUGCUGUAAAGACGUACAACGUAAAUCACAGUAAGAGGAUGCCGCUUUUGUUGAAGACGUGGUUGAGACAUACCGUGCAUUACGCUCUCUUCAGUAAUGAAGAAGAUGAGAAAUUAGAGAAUGUAAUCGUCGUACCUCAUACCACUGAGGGACACUGCGCGAAGACAUACGGUCUUCUGCAACAUGCAGAGAAAAUAAUGAAAAAGAAAAAGAUCGAGUGGCUAGUCGUGACUGAUGAUGACACUAUUCUCAGCGUCUCACGAUUAUCCAAAAUGCUGUCAUGCUACGAUGCGAAGCAACCGAUGGCCAUAGGUGAACGUUACGGAUUCCGAGCAACAGAAGAGACUGGUUACGAGUAUCUUACUGGUGGGGCUGGCCUGGCCAUGUCCGCUCCACUGCUCACAAAAAUCCUGACAUCGAAUUCUUGCAAUUGCCCGAUGAUGUCUGCACCAGACGACAUGUUCCUCUUCGGCAUCUGUCUGAUUCGACUCGGCCUCCGACCCUCAACAUCGCCGUUAUUCCAUCAGGCUCGGCCUCAGGACUAUGCAGAGGGCUUCCUCGCCUCCCAAGAACCUGUGUCUUUUCAUAAAUUUUGGAUGAACGAUCCGGUUCGGGUCUACAGAGACUGGUUCAAGGAAGCGGAUGACGAACUGACGCCUGUGCAGCAUCACCCAGAGUUGUGACGAAACAAUAGUUCUUGGAUCAUUACAGUACAAAAUUGUCGAUGUAUUCAUAAGACUGUUUAUUUAAAAAAUACAUAUAGCAUUGAUUUCA